CGAUUAUAGUUUUUUGUUUACUACAGCUAUUUGUUGUGAAAUUUAUUUAAAUUAAAUACUAAGGAAAAAAAGAACAUGGUCGUUGAAAGUAAAAAUGUAAAAAAUACCAGCGAAACAAAUGAAGAUGAGUGCAUGAAAGAAGCUGAGGAGUCCGGUGGAACAGAAGAAAAAUGUGACGAAAACACGUUCAAGAAUAAAGACAACAAUGAGGCGGCUUUAGCAAACAACAAUACUGCCGCCACACAAAAAACAAACGUAAACACAACAGCCAGUCCCAGUCAGGAAAUGGAAAUAAACAUCGGUGAUGUUUAUAUGAUAAAAAGGAAUGAUGGUAAUGUGCAUGCGGCGCAAAUCAUACAAUCGAGAGAAUGUGAACAAGGCUCGAAUCCACAACAACAAGAAUACUAUGUACACUAUGUGGGUCUUAAUCGUCGACUAGAUGAAUGGGUGUCUAGAGAUCGUAUAACAGACUGCACGGAUGCUGAAGGUGGGGGCACGGCAGCAGCAGGUGGUCCAGAUGUGGCUGAUUCUGUGGGAGCCAAGACCAUUAAACAGUUGAGCAAAGAACAAAUAGCUUCUUUGGAAAAUCCUUCAGCGGUAGACAAUAGUGAUCGUAAAUUGACGAGAAAUCAAAAAAGACGCCACGAUGAAAUAAAUCAUGUGCAAAAGACAUAUGCCGAAAUGGAUCCCACUACGGCAGCUUUAGAAAAAGAACAUGAGGCCAUUACCAAAGUAAAAUAUAUUGAUAAACUGCGCAUUGGCAGAUUCGAGAUAGACACUUGGUACUUUAGCCCGUACCCAGAUGAGUAUGGCAAAGUGGGCACAUUAUACGUGUGUGAAUAUUGUCUGAAAUAUAUGCGUUUUCAAAAAACCUAUCGUUACCAUGCCUCAGAAUGUACACAACGACAACCACCGGGCAAUGAAAUUUAUAGAAAAGGCACUAUAUCCAUAUUUGAAAUUGAUGGCAAGGACCACAAGUUGUAUUGUCAAAUGCUUUGCUUAAUGGCAAAAUUAUUUUUAGAUCACAAAACAUUGUACUACGAUGUGGAGCCUUUUUACUUUUACGUUUUGUGUGAAAUAGACAAGAGGGGUGCACAUAUAGUGGGAUAUUUUUCAAAAGAAAAAGAGUCUCCUGAAAAUAAUAAUGUAGCCUGUAUUUUAAUACUUCCACCCUAUCAACGCAAAGGCUAUGGCAAACUCUUGAUAGGAUUCAGCUAUGAGUUAUCGAGACGUGAAGGCAUAGUAGGCAGUCCUGAGAAACCCCUGUCCGAUUUGGGUCGUCUCAGUUAUCGCAGCUAUUGGGCCUACACUUUAUUAGAGUUGAUGAAAGACUGUCGCGCUACCACACAAAGCAUUAAGGAAUUAAGUGAGCUAAGUGGUAUAACUCAGGACGACAUCAUAUACACACUGCAGUCCAUGAAAAUGGUUAAAUAUUGGAAGGGUCAGCAUGUGAUCUGUGUGACUCCAAAAACUAUUAUGGAACAUUUGCAAUUGCCUCAAUUUAAGAGACCAAAAUUAACCGUUGAUUCGGCUUACUUGAGAUGGUGUCCGCCCAAAAGAACAUCAGGUGGAAAGUUUAGCAAGAAGGCUUAAGUUUAGUGUGUAAUUUUUAUUGUGUAAAAUAAAUGAUAUCGUUAAACAAAAACUCA